AGGGAGCUGCCGAGUCAGUACAUAAGUUCAGGCAUACAGGUGUGGCAGUGGCAUUGAUGGUAGCAAUGGCCGCUGGUUCAUCACUCCUCCUCCUGCUCCUCCUUCUCGUAGCGCCCCCGUUCUCGUCGUCGGCGGUGGUCCGGCCGGGCAGAUUCAACACCAAAGCGGUCCGUUCAAUCAUCAACCGUUCCGCCAAAGAAUUCCUAAAAGACAGGGCGCAGCAGGGCGUCACGGACUUCUCAGGCCGGCGCACCAACGACGACCAGCUGGGCAGCUCGGCGGCGGACACGUACGGCGCCUUCAUCUUCGAGCUCUCCGUCGGGACAUCUCCCCAGCAGAUCCCCGUCAUCAUGGACAUCACCAGCGAGCUCAUCUGGGUGCAGUGCGGCUCUUGCCCCGCCACCUCGUGCCUCAGGUACACGCCGCUGGACACGACAACCUUCAUGCCCGACUUGAGCCGCUACGUUGGCUGUGACACCCAGUACUGCCAGAUGGUGGUCCCUGGCGUCCAGCCCAAGUGCAACUCCCAAUACCCAGCCUGCAGGUAUGAACUAGAUUUCUACGCGGCCGACGCUAUGAAGCCCACCUGGUACACCUCCGGCUACCUCGCCAACGAAACGUUCAACUUCGACACGGCGUCCGUCGCCGGUAUCGUGUUCGGCUGCAGCGACGACAUUACGUUGCCGGACCUCGCCGGCUCCUCCGGCUUCCUCGGCUUCAACAGGGGGGCUCUCUCCCUUGUGACCCAGCUCCAGAUCACCAGUUUCUCCUACUUCAUCGCGCCCGAUGACACCGGUUACAACUUCGUCAGCUGGAACUGGGACGAAGAUGUCGCGCCCGCCGCGGUGGGCAGCCGCCCCAAGAGUCAAAGCACGCCGCUGCUCGCGCCCACCGCCAACCAGAACCCUUACUACUACGUCAAGCUAACCGGCCUGCUCGUAGACGGCAAGCCCCUGACCAGCAUCCCGGCGGGGACCUUCGACGCCCAGGCAGACGGCUCCGGCGGGGUGUACAUGAGCACAACCCUGCCGGUCACCUACCUCAAAGAGGCUGCGUACAACGCCCUCAGGCGCGAGCUCGUCAGCAAGAUCCAGUCACAAGGCGUGAUUCCGGUGGACACCCCCGGCGACCUCUACCACCUGUGCUUCCUUACGCAGUACUUUGCCAACGCCAAGGUUCCCACGCUCGCGCUGGUCUUCGACGGUGCCGACGCCACGAUGGAGCUCACGGUGAACAACUACUUCUUCGACCUCCCCGAUGGGCAGACGUGCAUGUCCAUACUGCCAUCGACCGACGUAUCCGUCCUGGGCAGCCUGCUGCAGGCGGGAAAGACGAUGACCUACGAUAUCCAUGGCGGCCAGCUCAUGUUCCAGACAGCGGCGGGUGUUCCGGCGCGGCCACCGGUGCCGCUGAUAGCAACUCUUCUUAUAGCGUGGGGGCUCGGCCUCCAAACACUUCUAUAACGUCGGAUCAUCGUCUAGUAUAUAUCACAAGUUGUUCUCAAGAAGAUGAUACUAGUAUGUGUUGUCGUUUUCAUAAACUGAAUUAUCAUCGUUGAAAGGAAUGCAGGGAUACGAAUA